UUUAAACAGCCUCAACAGUAAUCCCCUUCACAAGAAAUAUGCACAGUAUGAGUAAAUAUUUUUUUCUGACUUUCCCUGAUAUUAAAAAGAAUUAGUUUGUGAGGAAAUGGGUAACUGAGAACACGAAGCGGGAAAAAAGAUAAAUAAUACGGAAAUGGUCCGUUCGAGGCAUUGCCGGACCCUCCUAUGAACACCUAAAACGACUUAAAUUCGAAAGAAAACGACACAGAGACUUCUUGUAAGCCUUAAUUAUACACCAAAAUCCACAACCAAUUCUUUUUUUUUUUAAAUAUGUUUCUAUGUCCAUAUUGACUUUAGUAUCGAAGCGCUUUUAAACGAGGAGACCACUGAACUUGGGACGCCUGUGGUGCGAUCAUGGCCUUUGACGUCCACUAUGGGAUGUUUGUUACACCGGGCUCACAGAACGGGACCUCAAUUUAACGUAAUUAUCCAACCCAAGAUGGAUACACUAUAUAAAGACUCCAGAAGGCCAAGUGUUUUUGCACCUGAAAAGUAUUUUUUUUUUCGAAUAAAACCCGAAUAUAUUAUAUUUCCUUUUGAAAACUUAUUUUUUUAACAUAUUAUUCCUUUUUGUACCAUUUAAUAAGUUAAAACUAGUUUAUUAACGUCCGUCGCUAGUUCGACCUUAGUUCCGGAAACAUGAAAUUAGUGAAAAAGUAAUGUCCUACUUACUGCUUAGUGGCGAAGUGUAAAUAUUAAAUCUUGUUUCCGUGGUGCUCUUAGGAGGGUUUGAACAACCGGUCUGCCAAUCAUGACAAAACAAUUGACAAAAAAAAAAGCUUUUCCAAAUAUUGAAGGCUAAGACACUUUUAAUCUGUCAUAUGCCGUUUUGUAAGGCGUGAAGACAGGAUAUCACAGUCAAGAAAGAAAGUCACCAAAAGUUCAUUUAUUCUAUAGAGCAAAAUGGCUAACAAUACAAAUAGCUCUUGGGAACAUUGCUUCUUUAUAACAGAUUUUGAAUUUAACAAAUUAUCAAACACCAUUACAUCGGUUUUGAACUGCGUGUCUGCGCCAGUUGCGCUGUUCGGGAACCUUGGCGUUUUGCUGGCGUUUUGUUUGAGCCGUCGCCUUCGUACGCCAUCGAACUUACUGCUCGCUGGAUUGGCCUUCUCCGACAUGCUGACAGGAUUUAUCGUACAACCACUUGACAUAGCGAACGCCCUCCAAGAAAACCUCUACGGGGAAACAUCAUGUAGUUUAUACAUGAGUUUUGAGCUAUCGACAUGGCUUCUGUUAAUGAGUUCGUUUCUAACGUUGACAGCCAUCAGCUGCGAGCGUUUUGCGGCUCUGACAUUGCAUCUAAGGUACCAGCAGAUGUUUACAAUGAAGCGUGCAGCAAUGGCUCUCAUAAUGAUAUGGCUUAUCAGUCUUUCACUAAACGUGAUACGUCUCCUGCUCCUCGAGUCUUUAUUCUGGUGUAUCACCCUAACAACUGUUUCUAUCUGUCUGGUCUUGAUAUUGCUCACGAAUUAUGUCCUUAUCAAAGCAGUGCAAAGACAUAGGAAACUCAUUCGCAGCCAUCAAGUUGUACAGCGUAAUAAAACUCCUCGUAGUCGCGACGCGGCGGUUAUUUAUGUUUUUGCUGCGGUUCUCAUCUGCUAUAUUCCAGACUUUGUAGUGAUCAUUCACACAUUAAUAACAGGGGGUACAGAUUUAACCAAAUUCGUCGCUAACAUAGCAGAGUCGGUGACAUUUCUGACGUCCUCAAUUAACCCCGCCAUCUACUGCUGGAGAAUCGAGGAGAUCCGCCGAGAGAUUGCGCGACUUCUUGGAAUUCGCGAGUCCCACCCUAGUUUCAAGAACCUAGGAUCACGAAGUAGCAGGCACGACGAGGGAGCGAUUAAUGGGAGUGCGUGGUCAAAUAGAACGGAGAAUACAACGGUAAACUAUAGUACAACCCCGAAAGAGCUUAUCAUCGACACAAGAUGCUAAUGUUGGGAGUCGCAUAUAACGAGCGCCGGGUUCCUAGAAAGCAUGUUAACGCUAACCCAAGAUAAAUGCCCUUUUAUCCAAUCAAAUGUCAAGAUGGCCGUACCUAUCCCAUGGUUUGCGCUUACCUGCUUUCUUGGAACCGGCCCAAGGCAUGCAAAGGUAUGAUUACCUUUGUAAAGGUAAUCAUAAAGGUAAUCAUACGAUUUCUAGUUUUUUAUUUGGAAAUAAUUUGCACGAGUAAGCUCAAAUUGCACGAGCCGCUUCGGCGAGAAACCGUAUGAUUACCUUUUAAUAAUAUAAAAUGGCGAAAUUUAAUUAUAGAAACAGUGACAUUAUUUGUUGACAAAAAAUCAGGCGCGUAAUAUGUGAUGGCCUUUUUUUUCUAAUUGGUUCUUAGAAAGUACGAAUGUAAAUCGAUAAACUUCAAUCGAUUGAAUGACCGUUGUAGAAACGUUUUACAAAUUUCAGUCGGAAAGAACACAGUCAAUAAAAUGCGUAAAAUGCUGUUUUGAACAAUCA